AUGGGGAGGAUUUCUCCAUACGCUUCGCCUGAGUCGGAGCUCGAGAUCAAAAUUCAGGCACUCCAGACCGAUCCACAUCCGGUUGGUGGCCCCCUCCGUCCACGACCGCUUCCUCCGCCGCCAUACCAGCCGUUCGAGAAAUGGUUCCCUUGGAUUGUGCCCACCGUUGUUGUUGUCAACAUUGUCCUGUUUGUCAUUUCAAUGUACAUAAAUAAUUGUCCUGAGAACUCCACCAAGUGCAUUGGUACGUCGACUUUAGGCCGGUUCGCGUUUCAGAGCACGAAAGAGAAUCCAUUGCUCGGUCCAUCAGCCGCUACGCUACAAAAAAUAGGAGCUUUGGAAGUGAAUGAAGUAGUGAAGCACCACGAAGCAUGGCGGUUAGCCUCUUGUAUGUGGCUACACGCGGGAGUGUUCCAUGUUAUUGCGAAUAUGGUGUCUCUCCUAUUCGUUGGCAUUCGGCUUGAGGAGGAGUUUGGUUUCGUGCGGAUUGGUUUGCUGUAUGUUGUAGCUGGAAUCGGAGGUAGUUUGCUGUCCUCAUUGUUUGUGCGUACAACUAUCUCAGUUGGUGCCUCUGGUGCAUUAUUCGGUUUACUUGGAGCCAUGCUUUCUGAACUCCUUGUCAAUUGGACAAUAUAUGAAAACAAGUUACAAGCAAUAGUGACACUUCUUCUGAUCAUCGUCAUUAAUCUUUCGGUUGGAAUCCUUCCUCACGUCGACAACUUUGCACAUCUUGGAGGAUUUGUUACCGGGUUUUUACUUGGGUUCGUCCUUCUAAUUCGUCCUCAAUACGGGUGGGUGAGCAAGAGAAAAGUUCCUGCUGGUUAUAUUGCACCCUCUUCCAAAUCCAAGUACAAGACAUAUCAGUACACAAUGUUAUUUGUUGCACUGAUACUUCUGAUAUCGGGAUUUAUCAUUGGCCUAGUUUUGCUCCUUGAUGGGGUCGAUGGGAAUGAACAUUGUUCGUGGUGCCGUUAUCUAAGUUGUUUCCCUACGCCGUUCUGGAAUUGUGAAGCACAAUGCUUGACUAGCCAAGAGGGCAAUCGGAUGAACAUGACUUGCUUGGAGAACCACAAAAGCAAGAUUUACAUAUUGGGCAAUGGAAACACCACUGAACAGUUUCAAAAGCUUUGUAUUGACCUAUUGAUUGAGUCUUUCGCUCUGUUGAAUAGACUUCACAACAAGAGAAACACUAGAGAAGAUGAAGAAACAAAGCAUGAAGAACAAAAUGUGAUUAUCCAGAAGAGUGAAGAAACUCUGGAAGAUGAUGAAGAUAUUCAAGAACUGAAUGGUCAUAAUAUGAUAGAAGAGGAGCAAAAGAGCAAAAAAACUCCUGAAGACAAUGAAGAUAAUCAAGAAGGUCCAAUGGAGAAAGACAAUGAAGAUAAUCAGGAAGAUUCAAUGGAGGAAUAUGACGAAGAUGAUACUUUCGAAGAAGCGAAUGAAGAAAAUGAAAGUUUUGAGGAUGAAGAUAGUGAAGAAGAUGCUACAAAUGCUUUCGAGGACGUAGAUAGUGAAGAAGAUGCUACAGAAGAAGAAGGAAAAGAAGAAGAUGAUGAUGAUGAUGAAGAAGAAGAACACAAUAGCAAAAAUGCAAACGAAGAAAAAGAAAUUGCUGAAGGAGACAGUGGAAAAGCUAAAAAGUGUAAUGAAGAAAAUAUGGCAGCACUUUUGAAGGAAAAGGCCAAGAAAGCAGGGGAAAGGAGCAGAAAGAAGGUGAAAGAAAAUUCCGUUGAUAAUGAUGAAGAUGGUGAAGAAGAUAGAAUGAAAGAAGAAGAAGAAGACAAUGGUGCAAAAGUAGAUAAAGAGAAUACAGAUGGAGAUGGGCAAAAUGCUGAAAAGCGAAGUAAUGUAGAGAAAUUGGAAACAAGCUCAAAGGAGAAGGUCAAGAAAUCAUGGCAGAGGCGCAGAAAGAAGAAGGUGGAAGAUGUAAGCUUCAAGAAAGCGGCCUCUGGAGCUGAAGAUAAGCCAGAAUCAUCAACCAAGAAGAAAUCUAAGAAAAGGGCUGAGUGCAUGGGAAUGAUUUUUAUGUGCAGUUCUCAGACAAAGAAUGACUGCUACCAUUAUAGGGUUCUUGGACUGCCUGCUAGCAAGAAAGGUUUGGUGAAAAAGAUCUAUAAAGGGAUGCGACUGUUUUUAUAUGAUAUUGAUCUGAAAUUGAUGUACGGAAUCUAUAAAGCAGCAGGAGCUGGGGGAUAUAACAUUGAGCCCAAGGCCUUCAAGUCGCAGUUCCCAUCUCAGGUCCGAUUUUCUGUUUUCGAGGAUUGUUUGCCCUUGGCUGAGGAGAAAUUCAAGAUGGUAAUCAAGAACAACUAUUUUACAAGGAAUAAGUUUGACUGCCAAUUAACAUCGUCACAGGUCAAGGAGUUGUGUAAGCUUUUUGUACCUGCCAGGAAAGUCAGCCAUGCCAAAAAUGUGGGGAGGGGGAGAACAGAAAACCCUACACCAGUGCGCCGACAAAGAAAGAGGAGGUGGAGAGGGGAUGAUGAGACGCCUAAGCGCCAAGAAACAAAUAGGAGGCGGAGAGGGGAUGUUGAGAGGCGCACUUCUUUGAGGGAGGAGCGCUGGCACCAUGAGCGUCCUCGUAAGCGUCGAAGAGAUGCUGUUAUAUCUCCUGUGGCACCACUGUGGCAGCCUCCACCAUUACCUGCACCAGCACCUCAACCACUUAUUGUUCCUUCAUAUGCCUAUAGCAGUAUACCAGAAGUAAAUGUUUACAGGCCAGAUCCGUACUUGGAUGAUCGUGACCCUUAUAGAGGUGGGCGAGAUCCAUAUUUUGACCGUCAUGACCCAUAUAGAGAAAGACGAGAUCCAUAUAUAGAGCACCGUGAUUCUUCCAGAGAUGGCCGAGGUUUGGCACCCCAGGAUACUUACAGGAGGGAACCAAUAAUGGAGCAUACUGAUGUCUACAGGCCAGACCGACUGGUUGAGUACCAAGAUUCUUAUAGACGUGAUGAGCUGUUGGAGUACCGUGAUCUUCGGUCAUCAAAUUUGGGAACUAGGCGGCUGGAUGAGAUUGGUAGCCGUGAUCCCUAUGUUUCAUAUCGAGAUCGUACAUCAAAUUUGGAAACUAGACGACGAGAAGAGAUUGUGAGUCGUGAUCCCUACGUUUCAUACCAAGAUCGUCCAUCGUAUGCUGACCCUUUGUAUUCUACUGAGCGUCUUUCUCAAACAGGCUUGGUACCUGAGUAUCGUCGUGCUGGUCCGAUAACUGAUCAUCUUUCGAGUAGGGAUCCUCUUCCUGAGUACCGUUCUCGGGGAACCUUAUCUCGAUAUUGA